AUGAUUAUAAAUGUGGUGGUUUUAAUACAAGGGUGGCGGUGCCAUGGUUGUUUGGAGGAAGAGAGAGUUGCUCUCUUGCAAAUCAAACAUGCCUUUGGUUACCCAAAUGGCAGUUUCCUGCACUCCUGGAAAAGAGAUGCUAACUGCUGCGAAUGGAAACAAGUCCAAUGCAACUCCAGCACACUUCGAGUUGUCAAAAUAGACCUUUCUUUCUCAAGGGGUUGGGAGCUGGGAGACUGGCUCCUGAAUGCGUCUUUGUUUCUUCCAUUCCCAGAACUGAACGCUCUUAACUUGUAUGGAAAUCGUAUUGCUGGAUGUCUUGAGAAUGAAGGUUUUGAAAGACUAUCAGUCCUUGGCAAUUUGGAGAGACUCGAGUUGGGCCAAAACAAAUUCAACAGCAGCAUCUUUUCAUCCUUAGGUGGUCUUUCAUCUUUGAAAUGUUUAUCUCUACACAAUAAUGAAAUCGAAGGAACAAUAAGCGUGGAAGGAUUGAAUAAUCUGACAAACUUAAGGAAUCUGCAUAUUGCGAGCAAUCACAUUGAAGGGUUUAAAUCCCUUCAUGGUGGUGAGGAUGAAGUGCUGAAAAUGAGCAAUUUGGAGUAUCUUGACUUGGGAGGUAAUCGCUUUGAUAACAGUAUCUUAUCAUCCUUCAAGGGUCUUUCAUCUCUCAAGAAUCUCGGUCUGGAAAAGAACCAUCUGAAAGGAACAUUCAAUAUGAAAGUUCUAUUUUCCUGCAACCUAGAAUUGGAAGCUUUGAGCAACUUGAGGAAGCUGUAUCUCAGCGGAAAUGAGAUUGACGAGUUUGUGUUCUCAGAAGCCUUGCCUUCUCUCAAGAAUUUGCACAAGUUGGAUUUGAGUUCCUCUACUCUCGAUAAUAGCUCUCUGCAAACAAUAGGAAGGAUUACUACUCUGACGAGUUUAAAGAUGAAUGGUUGUAGACUCAGUGGCAGCAUACCUAUAGCCGAGGGUCUAUGCGAGUUAAAGCAUCUUCAAAGUCUUGAUAUCAGCAAUAAUAGUCUCACCGGUGUCUUGCCUAAUUGUUUGGCAAAUUUGACAUCCCUGAAACAAAUAGAUCUCUCUUCCAAUCACUUUGGGGGAGAUAUUUCCUCGUCUCCUCUUAUAACUCUGACAUCCAUCCAAGAAUUAAGACUUUCGGACAAUAACUUUCAAAUCCCCAUCUCAUUGAGGUCAUUUUCCAACCAUUCUGAACUCAAAUUCUUCUUCGGUUAUAAUAAUGAAAUAUGUGCAGAGCUAGAGGAGCACAAUUUGAUCCCAAAGUUCCAACUAGAGAGACUUCAUUUAUCUGGUCAAGCAUAUGGUGGAGCAUUGCCCUUUCCCAAAUUCCUCUUCUAUCAACACAACUUGACGGAGAUUUAUUUUUCUAACAUGAAAAUGAGGGGAGGGGUUCCAAAUUGGUUGCUAGAGAACAACACAAACCUACAUGAACUUUUCCUGGUCAACAAUUCUCUUUCAGGACCUUUCCAGUUGCCAAUUCAUCCCCAUGUGAGUUUGUCACAAUUAGAUAUUUCUGACAAUCACUUGGACGGCCACAUCCCAACUGAAAUUGGAGCAUAUUUCCCAAGUUUGACAUUUUUAUCCAUGUCUAAAAACCACUUCAACGGUAUCAUUCCCUCUUCGUUUGGCAAUAUGUCUUCUCUUCAAGUUUUGGAUCUCUCAGAAAACAACAUCUCUGGAAAGCUGCCAUCUUGUUUUAGCUCUUUGCCACUAGUUCAUGUUUAUUUGUCACAAAAUAAAUUACAGGGAUCUUUGGAGGAUGCAUUUCAUAAGUCCUUUGAGCUCAUUACAUUGGAUCUUAGCCAUAAUCAAUUGACUGGCAACAUUUCGGAAUGGAUUGGUGAGUUUUCCCACAUGAGCUAUCUUCUCUUAGGUUAUAAUAACCUUGAAGGCAGAAUACCCAACCAGUUGUGCAAGUUGGACAAAUUGAGUUUCAUUGAUCUUUCUCAUAAUAAGUUUACUGGUCAUAUCCUCCCUUGUCUAAGAUUUAGAAGCAGUAUUUGGUACAGCAAUCUUAGAAUAUAUCCUGAUAGGUAUUUGAUUCGAGAGCCUUUAGAGAUUACAACAAAGAGUGUAUCCUAUUCUUACCCGAUAAGCAUUUUGAACAUCAUGUCUGGAAUGGAUCUCUCUUGCAACAAUUUGACAGGUGAGAUUCCUCCGGAAAUUGGCAACCUUAAUCAUAUCCAUGUACUGAACCUGUCAAAUAAUUUUUUGAUAGGUCCUAUCCCACAAACUUUUUCAAACUUGAGUGAAGUUGAGAGUUUGGAUCUUUCCAAUAACAGCUUGACUGGGGCUAUCCCUCCUGGACUUGUACAAUUGCAUUCUCUGGCAGUUUUUAGUGUAGCCCACAAUAACCUAUCUGGUAGAACACCACCUAAUAUGAUUCCACAAUUUUCAACAUUCAACGAGAGUAGCUAUGAGGGAAAUCCUCUCCUUUGUGGACCACCACUCUCAAGACAUUGCACCACCCAAGAAGAAGAAGCUUCGUCAUUACCAAAAAGGACUUCAACGGAUGAUAUAGAAGAAAGUGGCUUCAUGGAUACAGAUGUUUUCUAUGUGAGCUUUGUUGUGACAUACAUCAUGAUGCUGUUGGUAACAGCUGCAAUUUUGUACAUAAACCCCAACUGGAGACGAGCAUGGUUUUAUUUCAUUAAACAAAGCAUCAAUAAUUGCUACUACUUUUUUGUGGACAAUCUUCAUAUGCCAUCCUGGUUAGAGGUCCGAAACCUUUUGUGUAGAUAUUUUUAGCAUGU